AUGCGGCCACUUCGUGCCUUGCCGCCUUUAGGGCGCUCCGUGAGCCCCCUAGCCCGAUCCCAAGCCAAUGAGCAAUGGACGCUCCGCGGACAAUCAACGGCAAGGACAAUCGGCACACUCCAACCACCGCGCCGCCCAGCACAAGCAUCACAACCCUGCGCAGCCUAUGUGCCUCGGCGAGCCUUCAAUCUCUCCUCCCUCUCAUCCUUCCUUCCCACCGGCGGGGGCAACAAUGGCGAUAACUCACCAAAGCGCGUUCUUACCGCCUCGCGCACCCUCCCCUACUCGCCCGCUGUCCUCUUCGAAGUGAUCUCCGCUGUCGAGUCCUACUCCCAAUUCCUGCCCUUCCUCACGGCCUCGACUGUGACGUCCCGCGACCCAGAGACAGGUUACCCGACGCAAGCGUUCCUGACGGUAGGCUACGGCCCGCUCAGUGAGACAUUUACUUCACGCGUGGACUGCGAUCCCGCCAAGGGAAUUGUCGAGGCGCGGAGUGGUGCCAAAUACGGCAAAACAGAGGGCCAGGGCAGUGACAGUGGCACAGUGUCCGGACUCAGUGGGUUCUUCCCCGGUGCGAACGAGGGCAUCUUCGAGUACCUUUCCACACGCUGGGAGCUGCAGCCGCUUUCUCCGGUGGAGGCCAAGGGCGGGCCACAGACGAAGGUGAACCUGGAGGUGCGGUUCGAGUUCCGGAAUCAGUUGCAUGCCACGGUCAUGGGGGCCGUGGAGGGGCAAAUGGCCGGCGUGAUGAUUGAGGCUUUUGAGAAGCGCAUUCGGGAUACACAUCAGCAAGGUCUGUAG